AUGAAGCUCAUGUCAUUGGUCGGGCACGGAGAUGCCAUAAACGACCUCUGUCGCCAUCCCAUCUUGCCGGACGUAAUUUUCUCAGCAUCGAAAGAUAAGACAUUAAGAUGUUGGAAUAUCACCACGGGUCAACUGCUCGCUGUAUUUGGGGGCCACGCUGGACACAUCGAUCAGGUUCUCACUUGCGAUGCCAAUGCGGAGGGGACCCUUUUGCUUUCUGGUGGGAUGGAUCGGUAUGUUAAAAUCUGGGACAUCUCAUUUAUCUUAUCUGAGCGUGGGAAACCCCAUAGUACCCGGCGAGAGGAGUUUCCUCUCUUCUCCAACAACCAAAUCCAUGUUAGUUAUGUCGAUUGUGUCAAAUGGCUUGGAGAUAUCUGCGUAUCAAAAGGCAUCUCAAAACACAUCCGCUUCUGGCAUCCAGAUUCAGGGCCAUGCGUGGAAGAGUGUGCAAAGCCCUCUAAUGAAUCUCGGAGGGAGCCUAUGGGAAAUUUAUUCCACAUACAAGCUUCCAAAAUUAUCGCAUGUGAGAAAAGACCCUCGCCCAUGACAAUGGUUGCCAGUGCCACGCUUCCUAAAAGCAAUACCCUUUGGUACAUUCCUUUCUCAAUUUCAGCAUCUUUUCUUGUCGCAGGGACUGACAGCGGAUCUGUUAUUUUGUGGAAAAUUCGAGAUCUCAUCACAAAGCGGCUUUUGUUUGAAGAUCAAGAUGAAAAUGGGAGCUCUUCUUAUGAUGAGGAGCAUGAGGAAUUGGAUGAAGAGGCUCCAUCUACGAUGCCAAAUUUUGAGAUCUAUUUUCCCCAGGCUCCCUUGUCGUACUAUGGCAUCCCAGAUGAAGACCAACAUUUUGCCAACGAGAAAAGACUGAUUGACAAGCUUAUCGAAAAUUCACCACCCAAACCGUCGUUAAGAUAUAUUAGGCCAUACAAAUACUCGCCCAGCAUUGAGCCGCAGAUACUGAUGCCUUUUUCAAAGCCUUUCCCCGUCAGAGGCGUACAUAUGAGCCCAGAUGAAAGGUAUGCCUCCACUUUCAAUUGUAGCUUUCUUGUCGCUAUCUAUCAUGAUGGAAGUAUUAUCCAAUGGUGCUCUUCAGAAACACGCUAG